AUGUUCCUGAACGUUCAAGUCUGUGCCCGUUCGGUUACUCCCAAGCCGGCAGCGUCUCUCGCAUUGCUCGUUUUGCAGUCUCAGCGAGGGCCUCUCCCUGCAGACGCCGCACGGUGUCGGCGUCAGUUUCCGACCUCGCAAACGAGGGUCUGUCGCUUGCGAAUGGCCUCACCAGUGAAGAAGCUCAACUUGGAGGAUCUUAGAACGAAACUCAUACGUCAGGAGGAGACCAUCAUCUUCGCGCUGAUAGAGAGAGCGCAAUUCAAACACAACGCAGUAAUCUACGAGAAAAAUGGGCCGCUGUUUCGCAUACCGGGCUUUACCGGCUCAUUCCUCGACUAUCUUCUGGUGGAGACUGAACGACUACACGCCAAAGUGCGGCGCUACACAGCCCCUGACGAGCACGCCUUCUUCCCAAACCAGUUACCGCAACCGAUACUCCCGCCGUUGGACUACGAGCAGGUGCUCCAUCCGAACGACAUCAAUGUGAAUCACAAAAUCAUGCAAGUCUACGUCCACGAGAUCGUCAACCGCCUCACAGAAGAGGGCGACGAUCUCAACUAUGGCUCAUCCUGCGUGAAUGAUGUGGCCUGCCUACAGGCUUUGAGUAAGCGCAUUCAUUACGGAAAAUUCGUAGCCGAGGCCAAGUACCAAGCCAAUAAGGAACAGUAUCAACCUCUAAUCGAGCGACGCGAUGCGGCCGCUAUUGAGCAGCUGCUCACGGAUCGGGCGGUUGAAGAGAAGCUGCUGCGACGAAUCGAGAUGAAAGCCGCCACCUACGGCCGAGAGGUCGAGGUUGGUCAACUCCAACGAUGGCGCACGGGAUCGGAUCGGUUUGGUGACGAGGUCCAGCAGUUUCCACACCUGUUAGCGAACAUCUAUGAACAUUAUGUCAUACCGCUGACAAAAGAGGUUGAGGUUUUGUAUAUGCUGCAGCGAUGGCCCUAG